AUGAAAUUCAACACUCCCCUUCUCAACCUCCUGACCCUAACCGCCGUCCUCAUUCCCGAUGUCUCCGCCCACAAAGACAAGAAGAAAGCCGCCGCGGAACUCGAGAAAGAUAUGACGGCUCACACCCUGGAAGCCAAGGCCGUGAACUACAUGGUCUUUGUCGAGCCUCUCUGGCACUUCAUGGACAUGUGGCAUAACCAUGAGGCCUCAUACGGUGUUACGGGUCUGGACUGGGUGACGGAUGCUUGUACAGGCGUUGAUGACAGGCCGUUUAAGUGGGACUCGUGUAUCCGCCAUGACUUUGCGUAUAGAAACUUCAAGCGCCAGGGGAGGCUAGGUCAUCAAGCCCGCAAGAAAAUCGACAAGAACUUCAAAGAGGACAUGUACGAUCAAUGCAGGAAGGAAAAGCACAAACACCUGUGCCGUAUUGGUGCGAAGAUUUAUUAUGCCGGUGUGAGGGUCAUGGGGAGGAGGGAUUUGGUUGAGCCGGAGAAGACUGUGAUGCAUGCGACUGGAAUCACCAAUGCUACCGCCGAGGAUACUGCUGCCAUCGCUGCCAUCACCGUCGACUCGCAUGCUGAGAUUAGUGCUGAAGAGAGGGCUCAGAAGGUGUUUGAGGCUUGGAUUGCGGAGCUGCGAGCGCAUCCUGAGGUGCUGAUGGAGAUGACCGAGAGGGAUCUGGAGAAUGUUGAGGUGGCGCUUGAUGAGGGGAUUGCGGAUAUUGAAAAGGGUGAUGAGGUGCAGGAAGAGAUGGCUGCUGUUGGCUUCUAG